AUGUCUGAUAGUAAUAAAUUGAUAGCUAAAAAUGUGCAAAGUUUUGGUGAAACAAAAAGUAGAAGCAAAUCGAAGUCGAAGUCGAGAUCGAGAUCGAAAUCAACUUUCAAAUCCAAAUCAGAAGAAAGUUCUGAUUCAUCUCAUUUAAAACAUUUGGAUCCGGAUAAAUUUGUCAAUGCCUAUGGAACAUUUGGCAGGUAACUUUAUAACAGGGAAUUUCAAUACUUACGAUUUUCUAUCGGAAUUCUAUCUAUUUCAGAUAUCAAAUGUUCACUUAUAUAUUGGUUCAAACAUUAUGUUUCUUUUAUGCGGCUUCAGUUUAUGUGAUGUCAUAUGUUCAAUUGCAUAUCAAAAAAGAAUGCUUUUAUAUGAAUGUAAGAACUUUAUCUCAUAUCAAAAAUAAUAAUUAAUUUUUAAAGCAAACAUAUCCAGCAUCUUCCACUUGUCGAAUUGAAGCUGAAAAUAAUGAGCAAUCUUUUCCAAAUCAAGAAUGUGGACAAUUCGAAGGUUCAAAGUUGAUGUAAGGUUUCGGCAGGAAAAAAAUUUUCUACAAAAAUUAUUUUUUCAGAACUUAUGAACACACGUCACGAACGAAUCUUCUGAUGGAUUUCGAUCUUGUCUGUUCGCAUUGGUUUAUUAAAGAACUUGGUCUCUCAUUUUUCACAAUCGGUGCAGUUCUAACCGUCCCUUUCAUGUCAUAUUUUGCUGAUCGAUGGGGAAGACGACCAAUUUUAUUAUUUUCCACAAUCACUGCUUUCAUCGCAAAUCUAAUUGCAUCAUUCAGCCCAAAUUAUGUGAUUUUUCUAAUUCUUCGAACAAUUAUCGGUGCUGCCAGUGACACAUAUUUUUCAAUUGCAAGUGUUGUGACUUGUGAAUUUCUGGCUGAAAAAGCUCGACCAUGGAUAACUGUUGUUUAUAAUGUUGCAUGGGCGCUUGGAAUGUUAUGGGUUUUGGCAGUUUCUCAAAUGACUGAUAGCUGGAAAUGGCGAUAUUUUUUUUCGUCUUUGCCUGGAAUUUAUGCGUUUUUGUUGAUUUUGUGAGUUUUAUUAUGGAAAACUUUAAGAAAAGAAAAACAAGCAAAACUUUUAGUGUGUUCUCCUAAGAUCUUAAACGCUUCUCCAAAAAAUUUCCAAUGUUCAAUUUCCAGCUGUCUCCCAGAAUCACCCCAUUGGCUAAUUAUUCACAACAAAACCGACCGUCUUAAAAAUACAUCAAAACCUCAAAUCGAAUAA